AUGGGCAACCCCCGCCUUCGACAGCGCUCAUCCUCCACCGGACGACUCUGGUUCGGUGACCAUCCGGUGCCCAAUCUUUCCGGCACACCCGCCUACCAACCGCACCUCCGACUCUCCAACAUCCAGUUACAGGCGCAGGCUGAACUGGCUCGUCGGAGAACGGGUUCGCGAGGUCACAGUCUGGACCGCCAGUUGGCUGGCGGCAGCGGAAUCGGCAGCUACGGGGCCAGCACUGGGGCGCUGGGGGGCCAACUGAGUCCCAUGACGGCAGGAGUCGCUCAGGGCAUGCGCACCCUCAGUACAUACGCCGGUCUCGACGCACUGGCAGGCAGCACAAUCGGGGGCAGCGGUGGCGCUGGGCGGUCGAGCAGUUAUGCUUCAUAUUAUGGUCCGACGGGUCGGAAACUGAAAGGUGGUGCAGCGCAGAUUGAGCGCAGCAUGAAUCGGCACCUUCGGAAGCAGGACGGCUUUGAGAGCCUAUCUCAUGUCUGCGUGCCGAUGUACGAGAGGCAGUGCGAUCACCACAAUCCGGAUCAUCCACAGCAUGGCUCGCAGAAUGGUGAGUUUUUGCCUAGCAACGUCGUUUAA